GCUGAUCUCAUCAGUUUUUCUCUGGCAUCAACACUAAAUCCAGUCUGCGUCUUUUUACAAAUUGGAACAUGUCUUCUACUUUGCUGUAUAAACUUUGACACUGUGCCCAUUUUAAGCUUGUACAUUAGUCACAGUAGGCAAAGGGCGCUAAUGACCGCACGUCAAAAUUCUAUCCGUGAUGUCACGAGUUAGUAACUGGUGAAAUCCAACACCACCAGCUUGAGCUGGAGUGAACACAGAUUCCCUUAUAUCAGUACAAGUCAAGGCACAUAGCAGAAAUCACCGCCUGGAGGUAGAGACGCGCAGAGCUCUGCGGUUGUGUUGGACAGCACUCAGAGAGAAGUAGCUGAGCUCUUAUUCGACUUAACACCGCUGCAGCCCGACUAGCUGUUCUCCAGUCCACUUUUUCUCUGUGCAACUGUUGCGCGUCUUUAUUUUGGAUAGAAAUAGCGUGAUCACUGCGCGCCACAGAGCGCAACGCAUUUGUGAGGCUCACGCUGGAACGAGUGGGAGAUCUCUCCUCGGGACUACAAUACGAUGAGGAAAUUCUGAGGUGGCAGAACUCUUCCGGUCAAUUUACACUUCAUCUGGCUAUUACCAGAGGGUUAGCCCAUGAGCAGGUAUCUUCUUCAGUGUGAUUCUAUUUUCACCCAGAUCACUGCUGCCUGGACAAAUGCAUACAAAUGCAUUUAGGAGCUCAACGGACAAGGAGUGGACACGUUUCCGCGGCAGCAACGUGGAACUUUCUCCUGCUCCUGUCAGUAUGCUCAACAGUACUUACUGGAGAAGAAGAUUACCUAGCUCAAGGAGUGGAUAUCCUCCAUCGAUUGGGGCUUACAGCUCAAAGCAGCACCAACAACGAGAGGACAAGCUCGCCUUCGACUGCUUAUAUCACUGUUCCCUCACCUUUGACUCUUCCUGUCUCUGGAUAUGGGGUAUUACUCAACUCAAACACACUAUAUGAGGCUCCAGCGGGCAGUCUAUUUCCUCCAGAGAUUGGCGAGGAGUUUUCUGUUGUGGUUAGUCUUAGCUCCUGGCGAGCAAACAAUGCAUUUCUUUUUAGUGUCAGAGAUGGCAGGGACAGGCUGCAUUUUGGCAUUCAGCUACUACCACGCAGAGUGGUGGUUUACACCGCUGAGAAAGCCUCCAUCUACUUCACCUACAACUGGCAGGAUGGACGCCGGCACUCUUUUGCUAUUGGUGUUCGUGCACGCUCAGUGUCCUUUUAUGCAGAUUGUGGGGCGGCGGAGCAGCGGGAACAGACCCUGGGGAGAUCUCAGACACUGGGGAAUUCUGGUGGUCUCCUCACUCUGGGGAGGAUGAACUCCAAAGCAGCCCCGUUCAGCGGUCGAGUGUGUCAACUAGAUGUCUACCCCUUGGCCCAAGCUGCCGCGCACUACUGCAGCUACCUUAAAAAACAGUGCCGGCUGGCUGACACUUACCGAUUACCUUUGCCACAUCCUGGCUUGGAUACUGAGGCAAAUUACCCCUCUUCUAAUCCCUUGCUAAAAUCCCUUGGUGGGGUUGCAGAUACCCAGCAUACCCCUUUAAAAACCAAAGCAGCUGUCACACAGAAUUCUGUUUUAAGGCCAUCAGUACAACCUCAUCUGGGGGACCAGAGCCACAUUCCCACAUUGGAUCCCUUUGCUCACUCCACCACUUCCUCACCUCAGCCUGAUGGCUCCACCUUACCUAGCCUGAGUGGGCAAGCAGCUCUGGAUCUUGGCUAUAGCACAACUACAACCACUACCAAAAAUCUGUUGGCAGAAUGGAGUAGGUCCCAGGGAGAUGCUGAUCGCUCUGAAAACAGCACAGAGGAAGAGAGCAGCUCUGGGAGCCUGCAAUCUCAGCAUGCCACCCCAGGCCUGAUUUCUCCAGUCAGGCAAAGUCGAGUGAAGGAAGGACUCAGGAACUACUCUAUCGCCAGCUCCAGGGACUCUCGCUUUGGGUCCCAGCAGGCACAGACUCGUCUGAGAGCCAGCAGCACCACUUUGUACCGAGAGAAUCAGGUGGACACCUCAGAACUGCAUGAUCUGGAUGGCAGCUAUGAUGAUGUAGACAUAGGAGGAUAUGAUUAUGGAUAUGAGGACUCAGAGUUCUUCUAUGACUACGACGAGGGUUCCCGUGGCCCCAAAGGAGAGCCAGGUCCUCUGGGUCCUCCUGGUCCCCCUGGUUUACCUGGUCCUCCAGGAAAAAGAGGUUCUCGGGGUCCCACUGGUCCACAUGGAAAUCCAGGACAAGCUGGACCACCUGGGCCCAAGGGUUCAAAGGGAGACGCUGGGCUCUCUCCAGGCCAGGCUCCAAUGGGAGAGAAGGGUGACAGAGGCCCUCCAGGUCUGCCUGGGCCGGAUGGAUUUCCAGGUCCACUGGGUCCUAAAGGUUAUCCAGGUCCACCGGGACCUCCAGGAGAACAAGGCAUACCAGGACUUCCUGGAGAAGCUGGGGCUGUAGGUUACCCUGGCAGGCAGGGCCCAGCUGGGCCACAAGGUAACCCAGGGCCUAAAGGCGUCCGUGGUUUCAUUGGGCUUCCUGGUGUCGCUGGGCCACCAGGGCUGGAAGGGGAGAGAGGCAUUCCCGGUCCCAUUGGAAAACCUGGUCCCAAAGGAAGACAUGGUGUGGGGGGUGACGCUGGGGAGAGGGGGCCUUCUGGUCCUGAUGGCAAUGAGGGGCCCAUUGGUGGGACUGGCAAUAGUGGCUUUCCUGGUCUGAGGGGGGAGCCAGGGCCUGAAGGACUGCGAGGACUGCCUGGUGUGGUGGGACCGCAGGGCAUAGCAGGACAAGCAGGCCUGCCUGGAUUGAAAGGUGAUAAGGGUGACGUGGGACAAAGGGGUGAACCAGGAGAGAUGGGGUACCAAGGCGAUAAGGGUGCUGCUGGCGUGCCCGGUCCUCCGGGGCCAAGAGGGAAACCAGGACCACUGGGUAAAAUUGGUGAUGUGGGGCCACAAGGACCACCUGGGCCUCCAGGGCCAGAGGGAUUUCCUGGUGACAUCGGAAUACCAGGGCCCAAUGGUUCACCUGGACCAAAGGGUUUGCAGGGUGACCGAGGGCCCCAAGGCCCACCAGGGCCAAAAGGAAUACAGGGUGAUGAAGGACCACUUGGCCCACCUGGCAGCGCUGGCCCUACUGGGAGACCUGGGAGGAAAGGCUAUAUUGGUGAACCUGGACCCGAGGGUUUAGUGGGAGAGAAAGGAGACAUUGGAAAUAUUGGAAAAAUCGGACCACAAGGUCCGGUAGGCCUGCCUGGGAUAGCUGGGGUGAUAGGCGUUCCAGGUGAAAAGGGUGACCGAGGACCAGCAGGUCCAACUGGUCCAGCUGGGGAGAAGGGGCCAAGGGGCUAUCCAGGAGUGCCAGGAAGUCCCGGGGACAUCGGCAUGCAAGGUACACCAGGUCCACAAGGGCAAAGGGGUAGUCCAGGCAUUGCUGGGCCAAAGGGCAGGAGGGGGCCCCAAGGUCCAGAUGGCCCACUGGGAGAACCAGGCCCUGAGGGCACCAAGGGCGAAAGGGGUGACACUGGACAAAAAGGAGAACCAGGAUUCAAAGGCAAAGCUGGCAGUCCGGGAGGGAGAGGCCUUCCUGGGAAGCCUGGUAAACCAGGGAUUCCAGGCAGCCCCGGGGAGAGGGGACCCCAGGGUAAACCAGGACUGAAAGGACCUCCUGGAGAAGCUGGACCUCAUGGAGAACAAGGACCUGAAGGGGGACGUGGUGCAGAGGGGGAACCAGGUGCCAUUGGAGAGCCAGGGUUAAAGGGUGAUGCUGGGCCUCCAGGAGCUGAAGGGGAGCAGGGACAGGAGGGAGUGAGAGGUCCCGCUGGUCCUCCUGGUGAAGUUGGCCCUCAAGGGAAAGAUGGAGCCAAGGGUGAACCUGGUGAACGUGGGCCAAUCGGAGAGACAGGGGAUAAAGGGAUAGAUGGAGACCCUGGGCCCCCAGGACCACCUGGAGAACCUGGUAAACAAGGCUUUCGCGGCCCAGAAGGAAAACUGGGACCUCCAGGGAACAGAGGACGACAUGGAAAGAAGGGAGAAAGCGGUCCUCCUGGUCUUGCUGGUGAGAUCGGCUUACGGGGAGACAUGGGCCUGCCAGGCGAACUAGGGCCUAAAGGUGCCAGGGGAACUCGAGGCACACCGGGUCAACCUGGAAUCAUGGGGAUAGAAGGACAACCAGGACUGCCAGGAUACACAGGGCAUCCUGGGAAGCCUGGGCCCCCUGGACCACCAGGACCUAAAGGCGAAAAAGGUUAUCCAGGCGAGGACAAUAAGACCCCAGGACCGCCAGGGCCCUUAGGUGAACCAGGGCCCCCAGGAGAACGAGGAGAGCGUGGAGACCCUGGGGAUGAAGGGUAUCAGGGCCACAUUGGUACCACUGGAUCUCGUGGGGCUUUCGGACCUCAGGGCCCACCAGGAUCACCAGGCCUCCCUGGAGAACCAGGCCUGAAAGGAGAGAUAGGAGCUCCGGUGAGUCCAUGUUAAUCUCCCUAGUCAAAU